GCAUUAUACACCUACUUAAGAAAAAAAAAUGCUUAAUUAUAAGUAACACAAUACUACCUUUUUCCUCCUGUUCACAUACUAUAUAAAUCAAAACUCUCUCAGACACUUCAUUUAUACUCCAGACACAUCCUUUCUCCCAACUCCACCUCCUUUUUUUUUCUCCUUUGUUUUACGUCUCUCCCCUCAGCCCAGAGAGUGCAGCAGUCCAUGCUUCUUUUGCAUUGGUUUUAGUCUUCAUUUGUGUGGCUGCAUGGAGCCGAGACUCUGAUACAGAGAUCAACAGCAGUUGUUUACUCCCCUCCCCUCCUCCUCCUCCUCCUCCUCUUCCUCUCCACUGCCUUAUAUUCAUGAAGGGGAGAGAGCAGCCCCCUGCAGUGCUGCCAUACCGGCUGCUCUCUGUACACCUGACCAGAGCUGGUGACACAAGCCCACAACCACAGAGAGAGAGAGAGAGAGAGAGAGAGAGAGAGAGGGGAACAGGAUGGGGGACGUGCUACAGCUGUCUCUGUGACAGACUCAGAGUCUGCUGCUGCUGCUGCUGCUGCUGCUGCCGAUUGCUCUGCAAACUGCUUCUGCGUCUGUGCUGUCCAGAUACAAACUCGUUCAUGUCGUUUCGCCUGGUCGACUUUUUUGACAUGGAAUCGCCCACCAAAGAGAUUGAGGAUUUCGAGAACAACUCUCUGAAGUACCUACAGGCGGAUCAGAUUGAGAAGAUCUGGCUCAGACUGCGAGGACUGCGAAAAUAUAAGAAGACGUCACAGAGGCUCAGAUGUUUGGUGAAACAGCUGGAGAGAGGUGAGGCUUCUGUUGUCGACUUGAAGAAAAACCUAGAAUAUGCUGCAUCCGUUUUGGAAUCCGUCUACAUUGAAGAAACCAGGCGCUUGGUGGAUACAGAAGAUGAGCUCAGUGACAUCCAGUCCGACUCUGUUCCCUCAGAAGUGCGCGACUGGCUGGCGUCAACUUUCACACGUCAGAUGGGGCUGAUGUUGAGACGGUCGGAGGAGAAGCCGCGAUUUCGCAGCAUCGUGCACGCCGUGCAAGCAGGAAUAUUUGUGGAAAGGAUGUACCGACGGACCUCCAACAUGGUGGGUCUGAGCUAUCCACCCAGUGUGAUCACAGCUUUGAAGCAUGUGGACACAUGGUCAUUUGACGUCUUCACACUGAACGAUGCCAGCGGAGAUCAUGCACUGAAAUUUAUUUUUUAUGAACUUCUCACCAGAUAUGACAUAAUCAAUCGCUUUAAGAUCCCCGUUUCUGCUCUGGUGUCUUUUGUGGAGGCCUUGGAGGUGGGCUACGGCAAAUACAGAAACCCUUACCACAACCUAAUCCACGCUGCAGACGUCACCCAGACAGUGCAUUACCUCCUGCUCAAGACCGGCAUGGUUCACUGGUUAACCGAGUUGGAGAUCUUCGCUAUGCUGUUUGCUGCUGCUGUGCAUGAUUACGAACACACCGGCACUACCAACAACUUCCACAUACAGACCAGAUCCGACGCAGCCAUACUAUACAAUGAUCGUGCUGUACAGGAAAACCACCAUGUGAGCGCUGCAUAUCGCCUUCUGCAGGAAGACGAUGAAAUGAACAUCCUCCACAAUUUGUCGAAAGAUGACUGGAGAGAAUUGCGGGCCCUGGUGGUCGAGAUGGUCCUGGCCACUGACAUGUCCUGUCACUUCCAGCAGAUUAAAGCCAUGAAGAACUUCCUCCAGCAGCCAGAAGCGAUCGAUAAACCCAAGGCCUUAUCCCUGUUACUGCACACCGCUGACAUCAGCCACCCUGCCAAAAACUGGAACAUGCACCACCGCUGGACCACCUCACUGCUGGAGGAGUUCUUCAGACAGGGCGAUAAGGAGGCAGAGCUCGGGCUUCCCUUUUCUCCUUUAUGUGACCGCAAGUCUACCAUGGUGGCCCAGUCUCAGAUCGGUUUCAUUGAUUUCAUCGUGGAGCCCACCUUCACUGUGCUGACAGACAUGAUUGAGAAAAUCGUGACUCCGCUGAUCGAAGAAGCCUCACCCUCCGGCCUGACUGGAUUCAGACGGUCCAGUCUGAAUAACAUCCCGUCGGACAGUAAACGGUCUGCAGUGAGAAGCACUGGUUCAGAGGGCGGCACUUCCAUGCACUGCUCCGUGAGCGCUGUCGAUUUUAAGACCUUCAAAAGCACCUGGAAUGAGGAAGUGCAUAAAAACAGAGAAAAAUGGAAAGCACAAGCAGCAAAAGAUCUGGAAGAGAAGGCCAGACAGGAAGAGAACGAGCAGAAAGCUCCUAAAACCGACACAGACACACAAAGCAGUGACAGCAAAGGCGAUAAUACUAAAAAAGAAGACCGAAUCAACACGGACUCAAGUGUGAAAUCUCAAGACAAACGAAAGGAAGACACAAGACGAGAGAAGGAUUCAAAGAGAGAUCGAGAAGCUACAGGCGAUAACAAGGAGCACACAGAGCAACAGCCCAGAGAGGAAGAGGGUAAUAAAGACCCAGGGGGGGUGAACGGGGCUCAAACACCGGCGUCUGACACCAAAGAGCCCGAGACCUGCAGUGACACGGACAAUAGCAAAAGAGCACACAACGGGAACGAGGAACUGAACUCACCUGACAGUGACGACAGUGAAAGCAAGAGAUCGGACGACUCAGAAGACGAGCACAGUAACUGUGGGAUCUCCCCCUCUUCACUGGCAGACAGUGCAGCCGCUGCAUCUGCGCCUGAUGCAAACUAACAGCACUCCAAAUCCUGUACUAUGCUGUCACCUGGAUGCACUCCAGGUUUUAGUUCAGAGAUACACAAAACCAUAGAGGACUGAGACUUUGGCAUGAGACGGAUGUAAAUCCUUGCAUCCAUGCAAUGUAAAAAGUCAUGCGUGGUGCUGCGGUGGCUUUUGGAAACUGUUGGCACCAAAGCCACACGCAUGAAGAUGAAAUGUGUCCCGUGUCAAGUCGAUGGAGACCUACCCAGCUGAUGAUCUUCCCUCGGGGACAACGUGACAUCUGCUGACCACUCAAGCGCCAAACCAGCACAGACAGCGAGCCGAGAACUUCAAAGAACUCCAGUCCCUCAGAGCGGGCAAAGAAUGUCUGCAGAACUGCUGUUCAUUUACCUCUUAUUUUUAUUUGUUAGUCGUAAAUUUGAUGUUGCUGUCGUCCGUGUUUGUUCUUUUUUUCUGUGUAUGAUACUGUACAGUUUCCAUCAUGUGAGUCUUCUGUGCAUAUGCUUUCAGGAGCUUCUUGAUAUCAAAUGGUGUAUGUGAUUGAGGGUUUGAUUGUUAGUAUAAUGGCCCAUAAUCCUUCAAUUCAAAAGUCAAUUUGAACAUAGAAGAUUUUUUCACAAAUAUUUUUGACAUUUUGACAACUAUUCAAAUGAUUUUGUUAUAUGUGAUUUGCACAACAUAUAUCUAUGUUAGCUAGAUAUAAUGAAAUUAGGAAAAAAAAAUGAAAGCUUAUGCACAGUGGUCCAAAAGCCUGAGGUCACAUUGAAAAUUAUGGGUUUUCUUGGAAAAAAAUAAAUAAAGAUUUAAUAUAUCAAAAUGCAUGUUAAGUUAUGAUGUAAAAUUAUACAUACAUAUAUAUAAUUAGUAAACAUUAAUGUACAUUUUUCUAAUUCUCACUCAUAUCUUAUUUUAUUACUCUUAUUUUAUAUAUUACAUUUUGUAUAUUAUCUUUUUUUUUUAUUACGCAUUUUCUUUUUUUGCAUUAAAUUGGAAAAAUACCUAAUUAGCCUCAGAUUUUUGGACCACACUAUACUGAUUAAAGGAAUAAUUCAUCCAAAAAUGAAAAUGUACCCUCACAAGCCAUCUAAGAUGUAGAUGAUUUUUCUUUCUUCAUUGGAACAGAUUUGGCUAAAUGUCAUUGCAUC